GAACAUUCCUUACCAGUAAAGUGAAUACAGUCCAGGAAGCAUCACUGUUGGCGCCUGUCUAUCUCUGUCUGCUGCUUGUGAUCACACCCAUUCGUACCGAUGACGCUAGCGAAGGAGGCGAGGCUGUACCGCGGCCAGGACUUCUCCAAGCUACGUGCGAGGUGUCUAGCGGCCCGCACACUCUUCGAGGAUCCGGAGUUUCCCGCUAACCAAAGCUCUCUGGGAUGCAAAAGAGAUGUGCUAUGGAAGCGACCCAAGGAGCUCAGGAAGGAGCCUUGGUUUCUAAUGGACGCUGACAGGUUUUCAGUGGUACAAGGUGAUCUGGGCGACUGCUGGUUUGUAUCAGCCCUCACAGCUGUUACCAUGAACCCUGAGCUGUUGUGUCGCGUGGUGCCAAGUGACCAGGACUUCUCACAUUCUUACGCUGGAAUAUUUCACUUCAGAUUUUGGCAGGGCGGAGAGUGGGUGGACGUGGUGGUAGAUGACCGGCUGCCUGUCACCGUCCAAGGCCAGCUGUGUUUUUCCCGUUCCAAUAACCCUGCAGAGUUUUGGUCAGCGCUCAUGGAGAAAGCCUACGCCAAGCUGCACGGCUCCUACAGCGCCCUGGACGCCGGCAAGUGUUUCGAGGCCACGGAAGACUUGACAGGAGGCGUGACAGAAAGAUUCCUACUGGCGGACGAGGACCUCCCUACUGACCUGUUCUCCAUUAUGGUUCGCGCCAGCCAGCGGGGUUCUCUUCUCACCUGCUGCGUCCCCUCCGCCAAGAAGAGCGGCACAGACCAGACGGAGGCGGGUUUGAUAUCCAGCCACAGCUACUCCGUGACGGGCGUGAGGCGCUGGAAGGUGAAGGUGCCCUCCAGAUGGAAGAGUUACGUGGACCUAGUGCGGCUCAGAAACCCUUGGGGGGACGAGAUGGAGUGGCGAGGGGCGUGGAGUGACAAUUCUGAGGAGUGGGGCCUGGUAUCAGCGGAGGAGAGGAAGAGACUGGAGGUGACGGCGGCGGGUGACGGCGAAUUCUGGAUGACUUACGAAGAGUUCAAGAAGAGAUUUGACGAACUGUACAUUACAAGCCUAAACCCACAAAACCUGGAGGACUCAGCCCGUCAGCGCCUCUACACGCUAGCGGAGGUGACUCAAGAAGUGCUUCUCUAUCCGGACAAGGUCAAGUCAGGUCAUCAAGGCAUAAAAAAAUGGGAAGAAGUUAAAUACGAAGGAAGCUGGAUCAGAAAUUCUACCGCAGGGGGACCGCCUCAGGGAGCCUCACUAGACCUCUACAGCAGUAACCCACAGUACCUACUCCAUCUGACGGAGGCUGACGACGCCCUGGAAGUGGAAGACGAGGAAGAGGAGAAACGAAGAGAGAAGGGCGGCAAGGGAACGUGUAGUGUGGUCAUUUCCCUCAGUCAGAAGAACAGGAGGGUCAACAAACUAGAGCUGCUCACUGUUGGCGUUUGUGUGUACGAGGUGGAGGAGAAGAGGGCCCGCUCCGCACUGUCGCCGUCGUGGUUCCAGCGUCACCGACCCCUCAACAAGACUAUAUUCAAGAAGACUCGCACCGUCACCUUCCGGCUACAGCUCCACCCCGGCCACUAUGUCCUCGUUCCAUGCACCGCCUGGCCCAACAAGGAGGGGGACUUUCUCCUUCGUGCAUUCUGCGAGAAGGCAGCGACUAUAGAGGAGAACGACGAAGAUGCGAGAAUUCUGGACGCCCGAGGCGAGGAGGUUGGUGACUCGACCGACGGAGGAGGAGGAGGAGGACAGGGAAGUGGUAUGCAUCACGCACAUGACUUAAGGGACGUGUUUUGGACCAACGCUGGAAUGGAGGGACACAUCUCCGCCAGGAAGCUCAUGCAGGCACUCAACACUCUCUUCUCGGGUCAGCUGGAAUUCUCCCUGGACAUGACUCGUAGCCUCCUGGCCAUGGUGGACAGAGACUUCUCAGGCACUGUUGAUUAUUACGAGUUUGAGCAUCUGGUCUUCUCUCUAUUUCGUUGGGUGAAUGUGUAUAACGAGAAGAGAGAGGAGACGAAGACACUUUCGGGCUAUGAUUGGCAGCUGGGAGACGCGCUAAGGGAGUUGGGAUAUCAAGUGCCUCGCCGCCUUCAGGGGUUGGUGGUGGUGCGCUACGGGGAUGACGACGGUAACAUUUCUCUCAAGGACUUCGUAAUGGCCACCUGCAGGAUCUCUGUCAUGCUGGAGAGAUUCCGGAACCACAGUGAGAAGGACGACAAGCAGGCAACCUUCUCCCUCAGCGAGUGGCUGCAGGACACGCUCUACUGCUGACGUGCCAUCCGUUGAUCCUUCCCGUCUACUUCCGCCGCCUGCUGCUGGUGGUAGUACAAAUAGAUGCCCCUCAGAAGGUCUAAAAACUCUCUUUAUGACAUGUUUCUCACCAUCACUGCUACUGACGGUCUCCUCUGAGCAGAUCCUCCCUAUGACAUACCCUCCAUCAUUAUUGCUACUGAAGGAGGACUAUAUGCAUGCUGCCAAUGACCAACUCGAUCCAUGUCUUGAAACUAGAUAAUUAAGCCUGCUGUACUUUGUGUUUGUUACGCCUUUGAAAUGUUCGUAUCAUAUGUUAGUCAUGAUAAUCUCUCUCUCUCUCUCUCUCUCUCUCUCUCUCUCUGUUAGUGUGUGUGUGUGUGUGUGUGUGUGUGUGUGUGUGUGUGUGUGUGUGUGUGUGUGUGUGUGUGUAUGUGCGUGUGUGUGAGUGUGAGUAUGCUUAUGUAAGAGAGGAAGACUGCCCAAGGGCAACAAAAAUAUAAAGAAUAAAAAAACCCUGUCAGUCACCAAUCUCGACGACAGAGCUGAUAGAAUUAGUCAAAGGACAGGGACAGAUGUCUUGAAACCUCCCUCUUGAAUGAAGUUAAGUCUUAGGAAGUAAGUAAACCUUUCUGUUGAAUUUUAUUUUUGUUUAAAUAUUUAUAAAUAUUUACCAUUCAGUAAUAUAAUUAGUGUGUGUGUAUAUAUAUAUAUAUAUAUAUAUAUAUAUAUAUAUAUAUAUAUAUAUAUAUAUAUAUAUAUAUAUAUAUAUAUAUAUAUAUAUAUAUAUAUAUAUAUAUAUAUAUAUAUAUAUAUAUAUAUAUAUAUAUAUAUAUCUUUCACACAACACCAUUGACUGGGAAAUCCUAUGAAAGCUAACAAAUCCCACAAUUCAAUCACGUAUCCUAGACAUCUGAGAAGGCUAGACUUCUAUUGAUUAUCGUGCACUGUGACACUGGAAAUCUGUUCAAUAAAAGUAUAUGAGUAACUGUUCAAUAUACACAUUUAUUUAUUGUACUACAUGCAUUUUAUUAAACAUGGCACAAACACUCCCGCACAAUUGUAUGAACAUCCACAUAAUGUCAAACUCCAAAGUAAUCCCAUAGUAAGAGUUUCAGUCAAGUGUUAGACAACUCAACAUAUUGGGCAGUUUAGAGAGAGAGAGAGAGAGAGAGAGAGAGAGAGAGAGAGAGAGAGAGAGAGAGAGAGAGAGAGAGAGAGAGAGAUUUUCUUCAAGAUUAGCAGAAUGCUUCGUCCACGUUAUUUUCAUGUCUUGGCGCAUAAUCUGUGAAGUUGACUAGCUGUGUGAGUGUAGCAAUCUGCUUGUCAAGAAAAGCUCGUACAUGCUUCAGACGGUUUGCAUGACGCUCCAGGUGCGCAAUAUGGUCACUCAUUAUUACUCGAUCUGACUUUUUCUUUUCACGUCUCCUAUAAGCUUCUCCUGCCCUUUGUCGGCGCCUUUCCAUAACUGGAUCGUCUUGUUCCGGAAAUGUAUGAAGGGGAGAUCGUGAUUUGUGGGUAAUAUUUACCUGACGGAUGAUCUUGACAAUAUUAUUAAUGUCGUCCACACGAUUAUUUUCUUCGCACCUGUCAUCUCCUAGUAAUGUAAGUUCUGACUGUGCCAAGCUUGGUAGUGGUAAGAGAAAAUCACUGGUUCCGUCUGGAGAUAAUACUGGUGACUUGAAAAAGUCAGUGAUGUCAUUCAUGCCUGUGGAAUGCUGAAGUGUUUGGAUUUCGCAUGGUAUUGGUGGACACUGACGGGCUUGGGGAUCACAUACCGCUGACAGAUAUGACAUCGAUUGAUUGUCAUUUGAUACAUUACCAACCAAAGAUUUGUCAGAAUAAAUUGUAGAUUUAUUAACAUAUUGUCGUUCACCAUAUACUUGAAGAUUGUGUAAAGAUGUGACUUCGAGAACUGAAAGAGUAUUGGUAGCUUGUAAUUCGUUUUCGAAGUGUGACAUCUCAAAGUCCUGAAUAAGGUCCCAAUUUUCAAGUUCUAGCUGUGGAGUGGAUGAGGAUGACAUCUUGUGUAGACGUGCAAUUUGAUGGACAAGAAAGUAAAUUAUUGGUGGCGGUAGAAGUAGUAAUAGCAGUACUAGUGGCAGUAGUAGUAGUAGUAGUAGUAGUAGUAGUAGUAGUAGUAGUAGUAGUAGUAGUAGUAGUAGUAGUAGUAGUAGUAGUAGUAGUAGUAGUAGUAGUAGUAGUAGUAGUAACUGUUGAUGGUGGUGGUAUUCUUGUUUUUGUUGUAAUUAGUCUUAAAAACUGCGUCGAAAUUAGUCUUUUUCUUGUGGUUGCUGCUGUUGCCUUAGUAUUUUCCAAAACUUGUACAAUUAGUAGAUAAAAGUUGUUUGUAUAAGACGGUUCGAGCACUUGAAAGAUACUGCUGAAAUGUUCAUCUGAACUACCUUUAAAUGGAAUGAAUGUAAGAAAAUAUAGAGGAAAUUAUGAA